GUCAGAGCUAGUCGACGGUUGCAAAUGGCGACAGCCACGAAGUCUCUGGCACGGGUCCGCGAAUAGUUCCACGCCUACCGUGCGCCCCGCGACCGAGCCGUGCGCGAACGCACAACCCCCAGCCCAGACCGGUAGUUUUAAGCAAACGAGGCAGAAUGCCGGCCGUUAGAGGAGAUGGUAUGCGUGGAUUGGCCGUGUUCAUAUCGGAUAUCAGAAAUUGUAAAAGUAAAGAGGCGGAAAUUAAAAGAAUUAAUAAGGAAUUAGCAAACAUUCGCAGUAAGUUUAAAGGAGAUAAAACACUUGAUGGAUACCAGAAAAAGAAAUAUGUUUGCAAGCUGCUGUUCAUUUUCCUUCUUGGUCAUGAUAUUGAUUUUGGACAUAUGGAAGCUGUCAAUUUACUUUCAUCAAAUAAAUAUUCGGAAAAACAGAUUGGUUACCUUUUUAUAUCAGUCUUAGUGAAUACCAACAGUGAUUUGAUUAAAUUAAUUAUACAAAGCAUAAAAAAUGAUCUUGGCUCGCGCAAUCCAAUUCAUGUCAAUUUGGCGUUGCAAUGUAUCGCUAAUAUUGGUAGCAAGGAAAUGGCGGAAGCCUUUGGUAAUGAAAUUCCAAAAUUGCUUGUCUCAGGAGAUACUAUGGACGUUGUAAAACAAAGUGCUGCAUUAUGCCUGUUACGAUUAUUACGCACUGCGCCCGAUGUUGUACCUGGCGGCGAAUGGACGUCGCGCAUAGUUCAUCUCUUAAAUGAUCAACAUCUGGGUGUUGUAACGGCCGCGGCAUCGCUCAUAGAUGCUCUUGUAAAAAGAAAUCCAGACGAAUACAAAGGUUGCGUCAGUCUUGCAGUUUCAAGAUUAAGUAGAAUUGUCACAUCAAGUUAUACAGAUCUACAGGAUUAUACAUAUUAUUUUGUACCAGCCCCAUGGUUAUCUGUCAAAUUAUUACGCUUGCUGCAAAACUAUACACCACCAGCUGAAGAUCCAGGUGUGAGGGGCAGAUUAAACGAGUGUCUAGAAACAAUAUUAAACAAAGCUCAAGAACCACCAAAGUCGAAGAAAGUGCAGCAUUCAAACGCGAAAAAUGCUGUACUCUUUGAGGCUAUUAGUUUAAUCAUUCACAACGACAGUGAGCCGAAUCUUCUAGUACGGGCGUGCAACCAACUCGGACAAUUUUUAUCAAACCGGGAGACUAAUUUGCGAUAUUUGGCACUAGAGUCUAUGUGCCAUUUGGCUACUUCGGAAUUCUCGCAUGAAGCUGUAAAGAAACAUCAAGAAGUCGUCAUAUUGUCGAUGAAAAUGGAAAAAGAUGUUUCUGUUAGACAACAGGCGGUAGAUCUAUUAUAUGCCAUGUGUGAUAAAAGUAAUGCCGAAGAAAUAGUUCAAGAAAUGCUAAAUUAUUUGGAAACGGCCGACUAUUCAAUUAGAGAGGAGAUGGUCCUUAAAGUAGCAAUUCUAGCCGAAAAAUAUGCGACUGAUUACACUUGGUACGUCGAUGUUAUUCUAAACUUAAUUAGGAUAGCAGGCGAUUAUGUUUCCGAAGAAGUUUGGUAUCGUGUUAUCCAAAUCGUUAUCAACCGAGAUGAUGUUCAGGGUUAUGCUGCGAAAACCGUCUUCGAGGCAUUACAAGCGCCAGCUUGUCACGAAAAUAUGGUUAAAGUUGGUGGUUACAUACUUGGAGAAUUCGGUAAUCUCAUUGCUGGUGACUUGCGGUCUUCUCCAGCUGUCCAGUUCCAGCUCUUACAUUCCAAAUAUCAUUUGUGCUCUCCUAUGACUCGAGCAUUACUGCUUUCGACAUACAUAAAAUUUGUCAAUCUGUUCCCUGAAAUUCGAAGUCAGAUUCAAGAUGUCUUCAGGCAGCAUAGUAAUCUACGUAGUGCAGAUGCUGAGUUGCAACAGCGAGCAUCGGAAUAUUUACAAUUGAGCAUCAUUGCCUCAACUGAUGUUUUGGCUACUGUAUUGGAAGAAAUGCCGGCAUUCCCCGAAAGGGAAUCUUCUAUCCUUGCGGUUUUAAAGAAGAAAAAACCGGGUCGUGUACCGGAGAAUGAAAUUAGAGAAAGCAAGAGCCCAGCACCAAACACUAAUCAUCACACUGAAGCUCCUACUACUGUUAGUGUCGCAGCAGUUAAUAAUUCCUCCGCCGAUCUACUGGGACUGUCAACCCCACCUUCCUCUCAGCCAUCUAGUAACACAGGUGUUCUACUUGAUGUUUUGGGAGAUAUCUAUAAUAUGCCAAAUAAAGUCGGUGCUACCAAUGGUACUCAAAAUACAUACAAUCCUAAGAAGUUUGUUUGUAAGAAUAAUGGUGUCUUAUUUGAGAAUGAUUUGAUACAAAUCGGUGUAAAAUCAGAAUUUAGGCAAAAUCUUGGACGCAUAGGCCUUUUCUAUGGAAACAAAACACAGUACGCAUUACAUAGUUUUCAGCCACAGCUAUCUUGGACAGAUGAGAAUCAAGCAAAAUUAGCCGUACAAGUAAAACCUGUUGAUCCUAUAUUGGAGGCUGGUGCUCAGAUCCAGCAAAUGAUCAAUGCAGAAUGCAUCGAUGACUAUAAUGAUGCGCCAAGCAUGAUUAUCUCUUUCAUUUAUAAUAAUGUGCCACAAAAAAUCACAAUGAAGUUACCAUUAACAAUUAACAAGUUUUUCGAACCGACGGAGAUGAAUGGGGAAUCAUUUUUCGCAAGAUGGAAAAAUCUUGGCGGAGCGAAUCAACAACGAUCACAAAAGAUUUUCAAAGCGCAGCAACCGAUGGAUUUAGCACAAGUACGUACAAAAUUACAAGGUUUUGGAAUGCAAUUGCUUGACGGUAUUGACCCGAAUCCUGAUAAUUUUGUCUGCGCCGGUAUUGUUCAUAUGAGAGCACAGCAAGUGGGUUGCCUAUUGCGUCUUGAGCCUAAUAAGCAAGCCCAGAUGUUUCGUUUAACAGUACGUUCAAGUAAAGAAUCAAUGUCGGUAGAGAUCUGUGACCUGCUGGUGGACCAAUUUUAAACGGCCUAGCAGGCGUAAAUGUCAUCGAGAAAUUAGUACUGUCUCGUGAGAGGACAUAUCAUUAUCGAAAAAGAAUGUCAUUCUCGCGUGUCGUUUAAAAAGAUACUGAUGACUAUUUAUUAAGACACAUUUGCGUUGUACCCAAGCUUACACUCAUAACGCUCUUGUAUGAAAUCUAUAUCUUCGUGUAGGUAGUUUUGUGUCACUAUAUAUCGUUUUAUCGAAGAGACAUAUAUUUGAAUCAGAAUUAUCAAAAUCAAUCACGUACAGAAAGAAAAAAAGAACAUAAACUGGUUAUGGUAGGCAGUAUUAUCUCAUAAUUGAAGAUAUGUAGAUUUGUAUGGAUAUAUAUCUUAUAUCUUAUAUACAAUCUAUAUAAUUUGUGCAAAUGAAAGAGAGCCUGCUGGAGAAAGAGUUAAACAGAGAAGGAAAAAAAUCUAGAUAUUUUAUAGUUAUGAUUAUAUAUGUAUUAUAGAAUCACUCGAGCCACAUUAUAGAAACAAAGAAUGUUUUUUUGUUUUUUUUUUUAUUUAAUUUUAUAAUACAUAUUUACCUCUAUAUCGUUACGAUUUGUAUAACUCUUAAUAUCGGUGAGUCAUUAAGAUCAGAUCCUUGAAGCUAGAAUAUUUCUCUCUGUAUGUGAAUGUCUCCUUGUUGCAUCAUUUCGUAUCCAUGCAUCAUAAGUUCCGUUUAGAUUCACGAAUUCGCAUCGAUAUUUCGCUAUGAGAUUGUCGCGAGCGAGAGUAGAUUUGGGCACAAUGACUAGUUGUAUAAUAUUAGCUGUUUAUCGGAUAGAUAUAUCCUUAGAAUUAACAGCUGCAAUUUAAUUAUUGUAUAAUUAGUAGAAUUUAUAUUUAAUUGCGCUCUAUUCUAAUCUUGAUUUUGAUUAAUAUUCUAGAUUUUCUAUAUAUUAUUGAUAUUGAUAUUGAUAUAUGAUAAAUCCAUGGCUGGUCAUUUUUAUGUUUACAAAAUGAUUGCAGUGGGUGGUAUGUUAUAAUCUUAGUAUGUCAUUAAUUGAAAUCUAAAUCACAGAGUAAUGAUUUGUAGUUGUAGAAGUAUGUUUACUUAUUUUGAGAAUUUUACGUAAGAUGUAUAUUUCAAUAGAGUAUAUACUCUGUACAGGUAAUAUUUGAAGUGUGUUUUGCGAAAUGCGUUUUAUAAUAUUAACAAUGGAAAGAGCAGCUCUAAAUAUGAUUUUAAAUGAUAAAUAUCGCUUUAUAAUGAUCAGUGAGAUAUUACCGAUCUUUAUAAAGCUUUACACAAUUGUACAUAUAAAAUUUGAAUUAAUUACAAAUGGCUAUAAACAUUUACGAGAACUACAUAUGCACUAUUUGUAGCCGUACAAGCUCAAAUUUUUUUCUUACUCUCCAUUUAUGUUUUAUUUUUCAGGAAAGUAAGAUGUAUAUUUUUCAUAUUCAUAUGUAGCGUAUCCUUUCCCCAUAUUUCUAAGUCCUUAUUAUAUUCUUCCUUUUUUUCUUAGAUUAUAUUAGUCACAUAUUUUGGCUAGUAAUGGUCGAGAGGACAUGGCAUUAUCAGAUUUUUUUUUUUUUUUUAACUUGAUUUAUUGUGCAUAAUGGAAUUUUAUUAUAAUUAUCUUUUUCCCUUUUCUAUCAUUACUAUUUUACGAUACGCGACAGAAUUUGAAUAUUUUACUGUUAGGUUUUUUUAUUGUGUAAUCAAUGCUAAAUCAUAAGUAAUGUAAAAAAGGCAUAGGCGUUUUACAUUUUCUCUCCUUUCAUUCUUGUGAUUAAUAUUUCAAAAGCUGUUAUAAAGGAAUAAUGAUUUUUUGUAAUCUACAAAUUCUAUAUAAUAUGUGUUUUGCUAAAAAUUUAAUCAACGCUUAUAGCACUGGCGCACCGAAACACAUCUAAAAAUAUAAAUUAUUGUCGGUGUAACAAUUUGUUGUGUGGUGUCGUUAACAGAUUUUUUUUUAAUGUACAUGUAAUAUAUGCAAAUUUUAUAAUUUAUAUUGUAUGUAUGUCAAUGUGAUGUAUAUUUUUCAUUCAUAGUUUUUUUACAAUGUUAUAAAAAUUAUAUAUAUCUAAUAAUGUACUAAUUAUCAAACAUUUUGUAAUUUUUAUCAAUAUAUAUAUAUAUAUAUAUAUAUAUAUAUAUAUAUAUAUAUAUAUAUAUAUUGCACGCAACUUUUUUUAACGAAUCUCAUAGUAUAAGUUUGUCAUUUUAUCGAGACUUGUUCUUCCGAAAAUUAUGAAUAAAAAAAAAUAAACGAACUGAUUGACAUGAACCUUCGACCGCCACUAUCGACUACCAGUCAUGGAUUUGCGAGAAAGAUUAUAGAUAUUCGGUAAAAUUAUGUUUUAAGAAAACCAACGAGAUUUAUAAUAAUAUCCUUUUAUCUUUGCGUUCACGCUCGUUUAUUAUAAUAUAGAGGUGAAAACCACGUGUUUUGCGCUUAGAUUUAAAGACUCGUACAUGAUUCGACGCUUUAAAAAAAUUAUUACGAACACAAAUAAAUGAAGUUGAAGUUGUUGGCAAUGUUAAAAUCAAAUCACGUUAGAUAAGCAUUAUGCAAAAAAUUUACGCGAAUUGAUGAAUCGUGUGCGGGCCAUUUAACAUUCAAAUGAAAGUUACGUUAAUAUAUAUGCAAUAUAAAUAUAUAUACAUACCUUCAUAUAUAUAUUAUAAAUAUAGGAAUUAUAUAUUAAGAGAGAAAUGUGUGUGCGAAACACAAUUGUUAGAUUAUUAUGCGGCGAUGCGAUCCGAUCAACCGGCGAUCGAAGCAAUCAAUGUCGAUACGAUUCGAUAUUCGAACACAAUGUACAAUCGAAUAUUCGUAAUUCGAAUAUCUCGAAUGGUACUACUCGUGUAAUUUUCAUUGUUACGCCUACUGUAGAAUUUACGGGAUUAGUUGGCCAAUUGAAUAUACUCGCAAAGUCAGAUGCGACGUAAUAUCAAAAAUUUCUUUUUAAGUUUUUAUGCGCAUUAAAUUAUUUGUAGAGCCUAUUUCUUUCUAUUUCAAGAUUAUUUCACAAUAUUAUCGGGAUAUUUCAACAUUCGGAUAUUCGAAUGUAUAACAUCUUAAAAAUAUUUCUUUGAUCGCGAAAGAAAUUAAAGGGAGUGUUUUUCAUGUGUCCCAUGAAAUAUCUUCUCGCAUUGUCAUCCUCUGUCGUUGUCUCUUCUUCAUUACGGUCUAAUCGUGUACAGAUUUAAAGGAGAAAUUUAAAGGAAUUGUAGGAAUUUAAUAGUAGACCCUCUCUAUUGUGAACCAAUUCCCCUGCCUUCCAAAAAAAGAAAAAAAAAAAAACAGUCGGCGAGUGGAAAAGAGUAAUUAUCUGCAAAGAACGAGCCGAAUGUAUCGUAUGAUAAUAUUCGUAGAUUUUGAUUUUUCGUUCUUUUAUAAUUAUCGAGAUUAUAUUUAUUGCUUCGUGUAGCAUACGCAAGAGUUGUGCCGUGGCUGUUGUUGGCUCCUGACCGUCGCGGCUUUAAAGUCGAAUUAGAAUUAAUGGACGUGUAUUGAUCUUGAUCUCCAGCUGAGUUUGGCUGUUAUUUCUCUUGGCGUUCAUCUCGCAGCGAAUAUUGUAACGGAUUUCUUUUUGUUCUAGCUAUAUACAUUGUUCGAAUAUACUUAUUUUUUUUUUUUUUUUUUAUUACAAAUUCAUCCUUUGAUCCUUCAAAUUCCGAGCUUCGAAGAGUUUUAAAAAAGCUUUAAGAUAAAUUUAAGAAAGUUUGAAAAUCGCAUUUCAAUCUCGUUAUGCGAAAGUAAUUUUUAGACUCCUGCAGAACGUAUAUUUAUUUACAUUUUUCUUUCUCUUCCAAGUAUGAUUUUAACGAUUCUCAUCAUAAAUGUUAUUCAUAAAUGUAUAUUCAUAAAUGUUCUUUCUUCCUUUCAGAGUGAAAAGAAAAUUACCGAUUUAUUUUGUAUCUGUUUGAUUCUCUCGAUUCUUUCAUUAGUCCGACAAUUGCCUCCAUUUAUUCAAAUAUAUUCGAUAGUGUCGCUUCGUUUUAUGUAAUUGUCAAAGUUAUUGCGAACGUUGAUUUAAUGUGAUUAGUGUUAUAACAUGAAAGUACAAGCAACUAUAUUAAAGGGGCCACAAUCUCUAUUCAAGAAAUGCGUCCUAUGUUUGCUGUUUAUUGAAUGAACUUUUCCAAAGUUAUGUUCCUGAAAAAUGUAUCUUCAUACGAACGUAACAAUUAAAUAUACGAUAAAGGAUCGAAAUGGUAUGAUGAAUAAAGCGAUAGAAAUGUUUA